CUGGCGCGCGCAUGCGCACCGCCGCGCGCCGGACCCUAACGGCCGCCAACCGCCGCGCUCCCCUCAGCGCCGGGCGGGCGGCUCGCGGGCGGGCGGACUCACCGAGGCGCAGGGGCUGGAGGUGGCGCUUGGGAAGUCUCCUGGGCAGAACAUUCUUUCAGGUUCUCACCUCUGUUUGUUACAGUCCCCAGUUUAGCCUGUAAUUCUGUGGAUUUGUGGCUGUUCUGGACUUCAUGAUCCUUAAAUCUGAAGUCAUGUGACACAAUGAUCUAAGUUCCGUACUGAAGAGUAUACUGGGCUGCCAAAGCCAAAAGACAACCUACAGCUAUUCUGAGUCGUGGAUGAGACAUAGCAACCUUUGGGAUUGUUGCUUAGCAACAGCAAACACACACAGAGGAGUAAAACUCACAGUCCAGCCCUACAGCAGGAUUGAGAAAUCCUUAAUUGAAUUUAAGUUUUUUAAUGGCUGAGAACAGAUGGGCAUGUAUUUAAAUUCCUAUUCAUUUGCAAAGCCACUCUGAAAGCAGGAGGAGUAAGAUCUAUUUUCAUACCUGCACCAAAGUGAAUGAAGUAUGGCGGCUCAGCCAGAAGAAGCAGCCCAAAUUCCAGGUCUAAAAUUCCCCAAACACGGAGAUAAGAAUAUGACUGUCACAGAAAUGAAGACAAAUCAGGGGAGUGAUGAGCUGCCAUGUCUUAGCAAUUACGCUCCAUGGAAAGAGUAUUUUUAUGAGAAGGUACAGCAGAGAACUCUGAGUCUGCAGGAGAUAAAGGUGAAGAUGAUUCAGGCACAAAAGGCAAAAGAAGAAAAGGUAAAAAAGAGAGAACCCUGUGACUGGCUGUCCAAGGAGUGGUUCAGUAAAGAGAACUACUCACUGGAUACUCGCAUCUAUUUGCUCGACAAACUCCUACCUACAUUAAUCCCAGGGGUGGAAAAGCUAUUAAUGGAAGUGGAAAGAAAGAAUGUGCUUGCAACAGACAAACACCCAACCAAAUUUGACCCCAUUAAUUUUCUUGGAGAAUAUCUGAUGAGGCAUAACCCCAAGUCUGGUAUUUUUACAAAACCAGGCCCAUACGUGAGAGGAAUGAAGAUGGUCACGGAGGAGCUAAAAACCGAGGUGCCAGCUACAACAUCAAACAGGUUGGCCAGGAUGAAGUUUGAGGCAAAGAGCAAACGUAAGCAAAGGGAGCAGGUGGAGAAUAUAAAGUCUCAAGUGAAAGAGAAGAGAAAGGAGGCUCUGGCGAUUCAAUUCAAAGAAUGGACAGUGGAUGUCAGUGGGAGAAUACCAAUCGCACUGGUUCAGAGUGCCCUGAGGUCAUUUCUGGAUGUCACUGCUGCUACUCCCAUAAGUGCGGGAAAAGCAAUCUAUGGCAGGAAGCUGGAAAUCGUAGACACGUUGGAAAAAAAAGUAAACAUAGAUGAAUUCACAGAGUAUGUCCAUUCUACCAUUGAAAACUUUUCAAGUGACAUGUUCCAGGAGCUCCUGAAGCAUCUCUGUCGGUGUGCUGAUGACUUCCGAGAAACCAUAAGACAUGACAUGUGGAGGCAAAUGUUUACUGAUCUCUUCCUAGAUUGUGAUUAUGGAAAGGUUGGUCUCUUAAAUAGGCAAAUAGUACUCGCCCUACUGGAAGAAUUUUGUGACAGAAGCCCUGUGAUUGCCAAGAGGGGAUUCUGUAACCCAAGACAAUGGCCAAUAGUUGAGCUGCAAGAGAUUGAGCUUGCAGAUUUAUGGGGAGGCCUUGAUGACCAGGAAAUUUGUGAGGAACUCAGUGAAAAGUCUGCACUGUCUCAAACAGAAAUUUCUGGGGGACAGACUUUAGCGUAUGAACCUGUAGGUGAUGAUAUACAAGGCACAUAUGGAAUGAGUACUACUGUCAGAGAAGAUCCUUUUGAACAACCGGACGUGAGUGAAGCUGGGACUAGAGGGGUUUCUAAGGAAGAAAAUCAAACAGCAACUGUGCUUCUGAAAACAGAAUCAAGUGAUGCGGAGGUAAGAGAGGAAAGUGAGGAUGGUGUGUCAAUGAUGAAAAGCACUGAUUUGGAACCUAGUGAUUUGGGUGGAGAUACAAUCCACACUGAAAAAUCUACUUUCUGUGGAGACACCAGAAUCGAGAUGCAAGCUGAGUCUGCAAGUGCAGAAAGCCAGGAAGAAUCCUUCCCAAGAUCAGCCUUUACUGGGGAUUGUGUCACGAGAGAUGAAGAACCUGGAUCUGAAAAACAGAUGGAGGAGGGUGAAUUCAGCCUGGAUAGAGAGCCAGUUCCAGAAACAAAUAUGGGAGAAGACUAUAUGAUCUUGGAUAGAGAACCUGGCACAGAAGGGCAAGUUAGACAGGAGAAAGACAAUUGGAUUGCAGAGCCAACCAAAACAAUUCCAAAACCAGCACCUGAAACUGCAAGCAUGACCUUGGAAGAAGGGGCUGUGGCUGAGAAAGAAACUUCUGCAAGAAAAGAGAGUUUUUCUAAUCAGCAUGACAACCAGUCUGGAAGACAGGCAAGCUCAGAGACAAGACGGCAGGCUGAAGACCUUUUGCAAGACCAGGAUAAAGGUCCAGCACUCUCAGCCAGAAAGGAUUCUCAAGCCAAAGUUAGCCAGGAGUUUGAAAAAGCAAGACAACUGAUAGAUGGGAUGCCAUGGUCAGGUGACCUUCUGACCUCUGACCUAAGUUUCAGGUAUAGCAGCUAUGGAGAGAGAAUUCCAGAGGACUGGAACUGUGAGAACUCUAGAUUUCCAGACUUGCGUCCCAUCAUGGCAGAGAUUCAGAGCCGUACUGCUUCUCCUAUUAGGAGUGCUUUUGAUGAAAGUUGCCUCAACCUGCCGCAGUUUGUCCAGCUCAUGGAGACAUUUGUUGGUAAAGGCACUUCUUUGCCUACUAUGAAGAGAUUUAUUGCAUUUAUCAGAGAAGAAUACAAACAGACAGAAGAGGAAAAAAUGGAACAACUAAAGAAGGUUCACCGCAGCUCUCUCUUGGCCCGAAGGAAACUGCUUUCGGAGGCACUUUUUGAAAAGUGGGACAACAAUGGAUGUGGGUUUCUGGACCUGAAAGAGGUAGAUGCUGUUCUAAGCACAUUCAAAGAAGGAAUGGAAAAAAAGGCCUUGAGGAAUGCAAAGAAACACCUUUGCUCAUGCUACCCACAGCCUAGCAGAAUGGGGAAACUGUCCCCACAGACAUUCCAGACUUAUCUUGAAUUAGUAGUUGCUGAGUUAACUGGGGAUGAGGAUGAAGUCAUUGAUAGCUUGGUGGAGUUUCUGACCGCAAGUGUGGAACGAAGUCACAUGGAGCACCUGCGACGCUUGGCCAGGAAGAAGUGGCUGCACAGUAUCCAGCAAGCAGCUGAGACCAGUGGAGCAAGCAUGGAACCAGUUUACAAAGCAGUGUUUAAGGUCCUCUCCCAGGAUGCAGAAGCCCAUGGGGAUAACAAGAAGAUCAGUGCAUAUAUUGCCCUUUUGGAAGAGAACCAGGUCUCACCAGAGCGAGGGCGGAUUCUCCUACAUUAUGUGGCAUGUACUGCAGAUGAUGCCCCAUAUGUCCUAAACCAGAUACUUUACAGGGACAUGGAAGGAGUAAGCUUUGCAGCUAUUGAAGAGGGGAAGCCAAUCCAUGUUCCGAGAGUUCAGCUCCAUGGAAACAUCCACUUCUGGAACUAUGACCGCCCAGUCGAGGAGAGAAGAGGUUCAUUCCUGGUACUGCCAUUGCAAGAUGCUCGCUGGAGAGUCUUUGGAAUUCUAGGACUUGACACACUUCAGGACGAGGGUGAGAAAACCAUCUUUCUGACCCAUGAGAUCAGUUUCUAUCAGGGAAUUUCUCAUGCAUUCAGCAAAGCCUACCACCAUGUCUGCACACUGGAAAACAUCCUGCAAGUGACGCUCACUGCUCUGGACUGGUUGUAUCCAAGAGCACCCAACAUCCACACUGUUAUUACAUAUCUGAUGGAGCCUGGCCAAGAUAAGACAUGUGACUAUGCUCUGCGGAAGGUGCUUACUACGGAUCAUAUAGGACAAAGAGAAAUUCAUACCUCUCCAGUUCUUCUCCUCAGAAAAGAGAACCUUUUAAGAGAUUACCUGUUUAAAUGCACAGACAGUUCACAGGUCAUUGGCACUUACGUCUGUGGAGAAUACCACUUUGCAAUACCUCUCCGUGAUCUAUCAGGAAAAGCUCUUGCGGUAUUAGAUCUCAGUAUUGGACAUCACCAGGAAUUACCACCCCAUGAACACAGAGACCUGCAGAAAAUGCUAAAGAUGGUCCAAGCUGCCUGCUCUGAGAUAUUGAAGAUGUCUUCAGGGGAAACAGAACCAAUCUGUGUACUGGAGGCAGAACACGCAGCAAGUUUGAGGCAUUCAGGAAUUCUUUUCCACCGGUUCAUGCUGCAGGACCUGCGUGAGUGUGUCCAGAAACUUAAAGCUGAGGACUUUGCUGAAAUAAAGAGCUAUGUAGAGCCUCCAGCUCUGGUACAUAACAUAGUAAAGGCUGUGCUGUUGCUUUUCUAUCCAAAGUGGAAGGGCUCAGAGAAGACUGAGAACUGGAGUCAGUGUAUACUGAAACUUGAUGACAAUUUGAUUCAGAAGAUUUACUGCUUUGAUCCAACUGCUGCAUCUGUGCAAGUUCAAGCAGAGGGGCUGCUGGACUGUAUCACCGGUAUACCUCGAGCAGACGUGUGGAAGCACGGCUCUGUGCCGGCUGAGUACCUGUACGACUGGGUAGGCACCUGCUUGUCACUGACAGCGCUCACCAAGAGCCUUCACGACACCAAGGUUCCAUCUUCAGCCACUGUGACACCAAAUUCCAGAGUUAAAUCAUUCAUUUUAUCAUCUAACUCUAGUGAUUCUGAUAGUUAAUAUUUUUUAUUAAAUUAACUGUUGUUUUACAUUUGUUAUGCAUUGCUACUAAAUAUUUUUGUUAAGAUGGUAGGAAGCCAGUUAGGAAUUUUUAAGAAAACUUAUUAAAAUAUUAAAGGGAACAAUUUUGCUAGUAUAGAUAUAUCUACUAAGCUUUAAAAGCUGCAUUAAAGUUUUUAUUAUUAUUAUUUCUGAUGAGAAAAGAGAAAAACAGGGAAAACAGUUUAUGUCUACCGAGCAGCAAGGUUCAUAAAUGAUACAGCAAAACUUUUCAAGAUUGGCUCUCCUUAAAUUACUUUUUAGGAAUAAUUUUAAAUAAAGGUUUUUAAUCAGCAUUUAAAAAAAAUCUCCUAAAUGUGGUGCAGAAAAGCCCUACGCUUUUAAUAUAGUAAAAAGAGCCUUCUUACUCGGGUGAAGCUUGAGAUUAUGGCCAAGUUUGCUGUCUGUAGCAAGAUUUCAUCUUUGCAAUAACGUUUCUUUUGGCAGAAUCACUUUUUUAAUAAAAUGUUGGGAAAUUAAA